AUGAAAAAGUUUAAGAGGAGACUUUCCUUAACCUUGCGAGGAAGCCAGACCAUUGAUGAAUCGCUGUCUGAGCUAGCAGAACAAAUGACAAUCGAAGAAAACAGCAGCAAAGAUAACGGUGUGAGUAAUAAUGGAAGGAUCAGCAACAGUAAAGUGCAGCCUAUUGUGAAGAAUGGCAGGCCUCCAACGUCUCACAGCAUGCACUCAUUCCUCCACCAAUACACAGGAUCUUUCAAGAAGCCCCCUUUACGGAGACCACAUAGCGUCAUAGGGGGCAGCCUCGGCUCUUUCAUGGCAAUGCCCAGAAAUGGGAGCAGAUUAGAUAUUGUUCAUGAAAACCUGAAAAUGGGGUCAGAUGGUGAAAGUGACCAAGCUUCUGGAACUUCAUCUGAUGAAGUACAGUCUCCCACAGGUGUUUGUCUCAGAAACCGGAUACACAGACGAAUCUCAAUGGAGGAUUUGAACAAGCGCUUGUCCCUGCCUGCUGACAUCAGGAUACCCGAUGGCUAUCUUGAAAAGCUGCAGAUUAACAGCCCACCCUUUGAUCAGCCAAUGAGUCGACGUUCUCGUAGAGCAUCACUAUCAGAGAUUGGUUUUGGAAAAAUGGAAACCUAUAUCAAGUUAGAAAAGCUUGGAGAGGGUACUUACGCAACAGUUUAUAAGGGGAGAAGUAAAUUGACAGAGAACCUGGUAGCUCUGAAAGAAAUCCGACUGGAACAUGAAGAGGGAGCACCAUGCACAGCCAUAAGAGAAGUGUCAUUAUUAAAAGAUCUGAAGCAUGCAAAUAUUGUUACAUUACAUGAUAUUGUGCACACAGACAAGUCUUUGACUCUUGUUUUCGAAUAUCUGGACAAGGAUCUGAAGCAGUACAUGGAUGACUGUGGAAACAUCAUGAGUAUGCACAACGUAAAGCUAUUUUUAUACCAGAUUCUUCGUGGUUUGGCAUACUGUCACAGGAGAAAGGUGUUACAUCGAGAUCUGAAGCCACAAAAUCUGCUAAUUAAUGAAAAAGGAGAACUAAAGCUUGCAGACUUUGGAUUGGCUAGAGCAAAGUCUGUUCCUACAAAGACCUAUUCCAAUGAAGUUGUCACGUUGUGGUACAGACCACCUGAUGUUCUCCUUGGAUCUUCAGAGUAUUCAACUCAGAUUGACAUGUGGGGUGUCGGAUGCAUAUUUUUUGAAAUGGCAUCAGGAAGGCCUCUUUUUCCUGGUUCGACUGUUGAAGAUGAACUGCACUUAAUUUUCAGACUUCUGGGAACCCCAUGUCAAGAAACAUGGCCAGGCAUUUCUUCCAGUGACGAAUUUAGAAACUACAACUUUCCUAAGUAUAAACCACAACCCCUCAUCAACCACGCGCCAAGACUAGACACGGAAGGAAUCGAGUUGAUAGUGAAGUUCCUUCAGUAUGAAUCGAAGAAGAGAAUUUCAGCAGAAGAGGCCAUGAAACAUGCAUAUUUCAGAAGUCUUGGAACAAGAAUACACACUUUGCCUGAAAGUGUUUCAAUAUUCAGUCUAAAAGAGAUUCAGUUGCAAAAAGACCCUGGCUUUCGAAAUUCCACUUACCCAGAGACAGGACAUGGGAAGAACAGAAGGCAGAGCAUGCUUUUUUAAAGUGGGCGAUGCAGAGUCAAGCCCAAGCCUAUCCUAUCGAUCAAGGACUCGGAUCUGAAGGCAGUGCUCUCUGUUGGUGGACUUGGAAUCGCAGUUUGUCUACACUGUCCUCUUCACAGUGGAGUCUUUUUAUUUCCAACCUGCAGAUUAUGUUUUUAUAUUUGUUGUCACAGUGUGACAAUUUUUUGUACAGUUGGUUUUAAGGUCUCCUCUGCCACUAGAGCCAGUAGGUUACAGCUGUUGAUGUAACUGUAGCUGCAAUUUUUGUGCAGGACUGAGAAACACAGUGCAUUAUUUAUUGCGGAAUCAUUGCUGCUAAAUAACUACUGUCUGUAUAGUUAACACAACAGUUCCAUGCCUGAAGAAGUUGCAAUGGCUUUAUAAUACGUGAAUGCAUCUGUUUCUCUUCAUAAAAUGUUCUACUGCUGCGGGGUUAUUUUGUAUUUCUUAAACUGCAGUGUUUCCUGGAAUGUAAACAUAGCUUUGCUUGGCUAUAGGUGAACCAUCUUUAAUGCUCUAAGUUCAUGGCACUUAAUUCGUUAUUUGACAUUGGAAGUAUGUGUUGAAAUAGUUGAAAAAUUAUAAUGCAUAUUAUGUUUUUGAAAAGCACAUGGUGUGAAAGUUGAUUCAAACAAGUGAACAGUAACUGUUGUUUGCUCUCAGAUCCUAUGUUAGUUAUUGAUAAAUUAGAGCAUGGAGACUGGAUGAUAAAUUUUGUCAGGCUUACUCCAGCAUAAGAUAUUUGCACAUUGUUGUGCAUAUGGGGCCUGCAGAAGCAAUGACUUUUUUACCUUGUUUUUAACUUAGAAAUACAAAUAGUAAAAAGGUGAUUCAUAUACGUUGGACCCUGGCUUACUUUUGAAAUUUAGAAUCUUUUCAUUACAGAGGAACGGGGCAACUAAUUACAAGAACAUGGGAAUAAUGUCACACUUUUCCCGCCUUGUUGCUCUCGCAUUUGUGCAUUAUUCACUUGAAAUCAACUGGGAAGAUGCAAGUUUGUACUUGAUAAGAACUCGCUAUGCUACAGAGCUUUUACAUGGGGAACUUAGAGAGUUUUUCAGAACUUAGAUGUUAUCUGUUUACCAGAGAUAGUAAACAUGUUACUACUAUGCUUAUGCAUCUCAGUGAGUAUCAUAAGUACACCCUUGGUGAUGGUUACAGUAUUUUUAAGCAUUUGUGUUCACCUUUAUGAAUCUAUUUGUUUAGUGCA